CGCGUGGCCUUUUUGAUGGCAGAAUUGACAACACCACAAAGCUAUUGUUGUACAAUCUUGAAUUAUUUUAAAGUACACUUUAAUUCAUAGUAGAGUAUUGGAUUAGUGUAGACUCUACGUGCUCUGUUACACCAUUCGUUAGGAUGUCAAACAUAAGAGAGGAACUUAUUUCAAAUGCCGUCCAAUUUCUUCGACAACAGGACGUCUUGUCAAAACCUCUUGAGAAAAAGAUUGAGUUUCUUCGUGGGAAAGGACUUUCCAAUGAAGAAAUUGAACAGUCUAUUCAACUAGCUCGAAAUGUCAUUUCUGGACUUGAUACUCCAACAACGAGUCGUCCAUGGGAUUGGAGAGAUUGGUUCAUUAUGGGUGUCCUUGGCUCAGGAUUCGCGUGGUCUGCGUACACGCUGGUUAAGAAAUAUGUCAUGCCCAUGGUACAGCCUCCCACUCGUUCUCAGUACGAGAUUGAUAAAGAGGAAUUAGAACUGAAAUAUGAGUCGACUCAAUCUUCUCUUCAUGCACUCGGUAACGAUACCAAAAAGGUUUUAGAAGAGACGGAACGCCAACAAGAAGUUCUUGAUUUGGCGCUGGAUGAUCUGGAAGACACUUUGAAACAGCUCAAACAAAACGAUGAUGACCGUGACCGAGACAUGGCACGCUUAUCACAAGAUGUAUAUACAUUAAGUACAAUUACGCUUCCGAACGCGCUUAAGGAAAUCCGAGACACCCAAGCAACUGUAUUGACACAGCUUGCUCAAGAGGUCCGCUCUCUUCGCCAGUUGCAAGGAAAAACCGAAGGCCAUAAUUCUUCAGAGUUAUCUUCUACAUCCCCAGCCAGUUCCGAACCAUUAGAUGCCAAAGGCAGUGCUCCUGAUGCUGCUGCUACAGCAACUCUUCAACCUGUUUUUAAAAACAAAAUACCUCAUGCCAUUCCUCCUUGGCAGGCAGCUAUGCAUGCUCAAACUUCAAAGACUAUCCAAGAAUCGGCAGGGGAAACGAAACAACAAACUGAGAAUGAGGAUAUAUAAAUUACUUCUACUCUAAUAACAUAAAACGAAAGUCGGCGCUGGGUUUGUCAUUUGCGUGGGAAUGUCAA